CAGGGGACGUGACUGAGCCAUUAGUUAACAACGAUUACAACCAAGCUGAGCUGACCUGCGUUGACUCUCCUCUACAACCUCUGCCCCUAGCUUCAUUGAUUUUACAACAAAAAACAAGAAGUCUUCAAAAUGGUGUCGAUGGGAAGACAGAUGCUGGGCUUCAUCCUGGCUAUCAUCGGGUUCCUGGGGACCAUCAUUGUGUGUGCCCUGCCUAUGUGGAAAGUCACAGCCUUCAUCGGAGCCAACAUCGUGACUGCUCAGGUCAUCUGGGAGGGCUUGUGGAUGAACUGUGUAACCCAGAGCACGGGACAGAUGCAGUGCAAGAUCUACGACUCCCUUCUGGCCUUACCCCAGGACCUGCAGGCUGCCAGAGCUCUGAGCGUCAUCGCCAUCAUCGCGUCAUGCUUCGGCAUCCUCCUGGGAAUUGCUGGAGGAAAGUGCACCAACUUCGUGGAGGAUGAAGCUUCCAAAGCUAAAGUAGCCAUUGCCAGCGGGAUCAUCUUCAUCGUGGCUGGCGUCCUCAUCCUCGUCCCUGUCUGCUGGUCCGCCAACACCAUCAUCAGGGAUUUCUACAACCCCCUGCUGGUCGAGGCCCAGAGGAGGGAGCUGGGGGCCUCGCUAUACAUCGGCUGGGGCACCGCAGGGCUCCUGAUCCUGGGAGGGGGGCUCCUCUGCAGCUCCUGCCCACCCAAGGAGGAGCGUGACAACUACCCAGUGAAGUACUCACAGGCAAGAUCCACAGCUACCAGCAGAGCUUACGUCUGAGCAGGAAACUGUUGAAAGAGAGACUAUAAAUUAUUUGAUUACCUUUGGUAAUCCUCUGUGAAUUGAAAAUACCCUGCAAGACUUGGCAUUUUCAAGUCUUGUUCUUCUGCAUUUUACAUUUUGAAAGUGAUGUGAAAUCAAAACAGAAUGAAUCUAUGAAAACAAAUUUACUGAGUACUUUAGGACUGCAAGAAAAAGACAAGACAGAACUCCUGCCCAUAAGAGAAGUAGUGUGACUGUAUAUGCUGCCUGUAGGGAUCAUCUCAUGAGUCAUGAAGGGAUGACUGAAGUGAAUUGAAGCCAUUCCCAUAACCCUAACUUCUCUUUUGCUGUAUAAGGACACUGUACCAGAAUGAUAAUAUUGAUAUUCAUGUAAGAACAUGGGCAAUAUGAUUUGAGAGUUAAACCAUAGGUACAGUAUAUAUGUAUUAUUCACUUGUCAUAACUUUGUACUGUAGAUCACAGUAUGUUUUGCAAACAUACAAUAUAUGUUCAUUGAUUAUGUCUAAAGAACUUAUUCAAUUGCUAACUUUAUUUUUCUAUAAAAUGUUUCCAACAAAGUUUACA